GGCAGUGGAUAUCAAACGCAAUCAUCCCUCGAAGAAGCAACAUCAACAUGUUCAAAUACGCCGCUGUCAUCCUCUCCAUCCUGGCCUGCGCCUCCGCCAAACCCGGUUUCCUGAGUGCUCCUCUGGCCUACAGCGCCCUUCCUGCUGCUGUCGUUGCUGCUCCUGCUCCAGUUGUCACCGCCACCAGUAGCCAGGUGUUUGCCAGGAACUACAAUGGAAUCGCCACAGCUCCAGUGAUCGCUCCAGUUGCUGCUCCUCUGGCCGCUCCAGUGAUCGCCAAGUAUGCCGCUGCUCCUUUGGCUGCUCCUGUGAUCGCCAAGUAUGCCGCUGCUCCUUUGGCUGCUCCGUUGGCCUACAACGCUGCUCCUCUUGCCUACACCUCGCAUCUGGCCAGUCCUCUGGCUUACUCGUCCCCUCUGGCCUAUAACGCAUUUCCUGCCCACGCACCAGUUCUGUUGUAAGAACUUUUCAAUAAA